AUGCGCAAUCAGGUGAAUGCUGCCAAGUCAUCAGCUAAUAAACCGACAUCAUCCCGUGCUGGCACUACUAAUAAAAAUACACCGAGUGUGCCAAAGGAAAGUGCUGAGAUGACAGCGUGGUUGCGAAGAAAGGAUUACAAUCCGAUGAAAUCCGCGGCUGAUGCUCGUAAAUUACAACAACUUAAGAUGAGGUUCAUUCUUUACCGAAAUGAGUUAAAGCGUUCGCUUGUGAUUUAA